CUAGGCAGUGAAUAUUUGAUAAAGGGCUGCUUGUCCACUGGGAUGAGCACUCUGUCAGUGCCCGUACUGGUUGGAGCAUGAUGCAAGGGGAACCCCACAGAUACCUGCAGUACCCAGUGCCCACUCAAGUGGUCAGUGGCUCUUGAGGUUUACAAAGCACCCCUGACUGCCCUGCAUUACAAUCCAAGUUUCAGAUCAGAUUUUGUGAAUAAAUGGGACAGCAAUAUCCCUGAAUAUUCCUGUGCUGAGACACUGACAAUGGACAGAGCACAAGGAGACUGUACUGGUCCUGUGCCCCCAGGAAAUGAAGCGAGCAGCAGGACUGGAGAACAAGACCCAGAAUUAACAGUGUUGGGAAGAGCACAUGAGUUCUUUCAAAUUUGUGAUCAGGAAGGGAAAGGCUUCAUCACUCAACAAGACAUGCAGAGACUGUAUCCUGAGUUACCUCUUAGCCUGGAAGAGCUUGAAAAAGUUUUUAUUACAUUGGAUGCUGAUGGCAAUGGCUCUCUUACCCCAAAGGAAUUCACCACAGGAUUCAGCCAAUUUCUUUUGGGGCAGAUGGCUUUGAAUAAUGAGAUGACGCAGCAAUCAGAUGGUGAAACAGCCUGCCCACUUAAAUGCAAAGAGACCACGAGUGAUGAUGAGGAUGAAGAAUUCCAGUUCUCAAAUCUGAUGGAUCAGCUUGGGGCUAAAAACAUUUUGGAUGAUGAGAGUGAUAUGAAGCAACUUUGGUUGCAGCUGAGAAAAGACAAACCUCAUUUACUUCCCAGUUUUGAAGAGCUUCUGGUCAGAAUUUUUUCCCAGCUCCAAGAAGCAGAUAAUGAAAAGAACAAGAUGGAAUGUGCUCUAAAAAAGAAAAUUGCUGCUCAUGAUGAAGAAAUUCAACAUCUCUAUGAGGAAAUGGAACAGCAAAUCAAAAAGGAGAAAGAGCAGUUUCUCUUGAAAGACACAGAGAGGUUUCAGUCCUACAGUCAAGAUCUGGAGUGCAAGCUCGUGUCAAAAGAACAAGAACUGGAACAACUGGUUCAGAAACACGAAAGGUUAGAGCAGCAAUGUACGGAACUUCUCAGUGGCAAGGAAGAAACCAAAGUAGAGAACACCAAGCUGAAGCUGACAAACCAGGAGCUGCUGAAAGACCUGGAGAGAACCUCUCAUGAACUAAACCUCGCUCAACAGCAGCUACAGCUGCUUCAGGAGGAGGCAUCAAGACUCCAUGAGGAAAAGGAAAUGGAAGUGUACCGAGUGACUGAAACCUUACAGAGAGAAAAGUCAGGACUUCUGAAGCAGCUGGACUUUUUAAGGGAGAGGAACAAACACCUCAAAGAUGAACGUGACAUAUUUUUACAGAAAUGCAAAACAAGUGUUCCAAGACCCAGCUGGAAGCAAAGAUCAGGGUCUGUUGUUGGGAAAUACAUAGAGGGCAAGAUGCUGCCUGGCAGCCAUUCAUUUGAAGAAGAUGAUGUUUUCAAUAACUCAAAGAGAAGGAAUUCUGCUGGACUGAAUGGAAUUCUCUCUGUAGAGCCUGAUGCUGGAGCUACUGGAGGAAUGUCUAAAGCAUCACCUCUCCAAAGAAUAAUAUCAAUUGAGGAAGAUCACCUACCCCAGCUUCUUGAUAGGCUGGUUGAUAAAGAACAGAACAGAUGGUCUGGAGAAGCUGGAAAUACUUCUUCUGAGAUGGAAAAAGAUAAGAAAAACACAGAACAACUAAUAGAACACUCACCAUCAUCUUCCAGAGAGCAGCCUGUAGGGAAGGAAACACUGUCAAAUGAGGAGAGAAUAAACACUGUCCCAGAGCGCUUAUUCAAGAUUAUUUUUGUGGGCAAUUCCAGUGUUGGAAAGACUUCAUUCUUAAGGCGAUUUUGUGACGAUCGUUUUUUCCCAGGUACAGCUGCUACUGUAGGGGUGGAUUACAAUGUGAAAACCAUCACGGUAGAUAAUACCCAGGUAGCCCUGCAACUCUGGGACACUGCUGGCCAGGAAAGGUACCGAAGUAUUACCAAGCAGUUUUUCAGAAAAGCUGAUGGUGUCAUUGUGAUGUAUGAUAUAACAGCAAAAGACACAUUCACAGCUGUGAAGCAGUGGCUGAUAAGCAUCGAGGAGACAACUGGGGAAAAUGUACCUGUGCUUUUGUUGGGAAAUAAAACUGAUAAUGAAAAGGAACGUGAGGUCCCUCUGGGAAUGGGAGAGCAUCUUGCUAAGGAUUACAAUUUAAUUUUCUAUGAAUGCAGUGCAUAUUCUGGGUACAAUACCAAACAAUCUGUGCUUCACUUGGCUAGGAUUUUAAAGGAACAAGAAGAUAAAGUGAAAGAGAAAACCAUUGAACUUCGAUCUGAUGUGAAUAAAAGGUCUUGCUGUAUUAGGCCAUAAAAUGCAGGGUUAUGUUUAGACAGAAGUCGUACAUUUAGAUGACACUACAUGGCACCAUUACAUUUGCUUUACUUUCUGAAAUAUUUCUUCUGUGGUUUGAGGAUAUCCUUGUGUGGUCUGAUGUUCACUUUUACAUAUACUGUCUAUAGUUAGUUAUCAAUGUAUUUGGAGCAGUAACAGUCUUUAAUUCCUUUUGACACCUAAUACCACUGUAUCCUGCUUUGUGUUCAGGCUUGUAGAAGCUGAUGCAUUAUUAAUAACAAGAAAUAAUUUUGUAUGAAGAAAACUACUUGGAAUGUAAAGUAAAUUCUUACAGGUGUGGAUGACCUUUUUUCCUGAAAUUUCUGUUUAUUGCAGUGCUCUUUAGGUCCUUAU